UAGCCUAUAAAUAUCCAUCUAAAUCAAACAAACAAACACUGACUCUGCUGAUUCAGAAUCCUAAGCGAAGGUAUCUUCUCUUGAGUUUUUUCUCUUCGUUAUUCAGUUUUAAAAGAUAGGACUUGAUUAACGUAUCCCGCUAUUGUAAAUGAUUUUCUACAUUAAUUGCAGCACUACAAGAAUGAAUACAAAGGGACUGCUGAUGUUCGCUAUGCUCCUGUGUGUUGUGAUAUUUACGGACGCUGACUCCCGGAAACCGAAAGUCUUUCUCCAAGACUAUACCAGCUACAAAAAUGUCUGUCGUGAAAUGGAUUGGGAACCAAGAUGCAACAAGCAACCGCCUAAAGGUUAUUUUGGAAAGGUUGUUGCUUUUCAUGCUGUUCUCACUAACGAUCUGCAAAAUGUACCAAAAAACACAAUAUUGAAACUUGGCAGUGUCCAAACAAACGAAGGAGGAGGAUACAAUCCAACAACAGGUAAAUUCACUGCUCCUACAGACGGCGUCUACUCGUUUUCGUGGACCUACCAUACAAACAAAGGAUCCGUUGCUUACGUGGGUGGAUAUGUGGAUGGUAAACAGACUGUAUAUAUUGGAAUUUACGGUCAGGCAAGUACCUGGAAGAGCACGUCAGGCCACCUCGUCGUUAAACUAACAAAAGGGAAACAAUUCUGGAUUCAAGUUACCAUUGGAAAUAUCCAAUGGCUAAGUGGUGGAUACACUUUCCUUUCCGGCUACAAAUUGUCUGGUUGUUAAAACUAUCGGUCAUAAAUCAUAUUGAUAACUA